ACCUCUCCUUCUUCCGGCAUACCCAUCACCCCUUCAUCUAUCAUCAGAGGGAUCGCAUCUCGCAGACCGUGGAUACUUGGCGCUCCCUCACCGCUGCAUAUCUUCAUUCGUCAUGGGUUUCCGGACUGGUGCUGUCCUGACCUCGGUCGCUUUCCUCUACGGCGUGCUGUUCGUUGCUUCCGUCUACGACUUCCCGCUCAUCUAUGGAGAAUUCACAGAUGAGAAGGGCCUGAUUGCCGAGAAGUUCUACCUAUCGGUCUUCCAGGGACCUAGAGCCGUCUCGGCUCUGCUGCACGGUAUGAUGCUCCUGGGUGUCCUUGGCUGCUCUGCUAAGCUUCACGCUUGGAGCGAGCUGGCCAAGUACUUUGAUGGCUCCAGUCUGGCCCUCCUGGUUGGGGCCAUUUGCAUGUAUGCAGCCGUCAUCGUUCCUAACUUGCGUCUACUUGCGGACCCUGCCAACGUCAACCUCCUCAACAAUUCGUCCAUUAGGACUGAGCGAGACCAAUUCAUCAAGAACCAAGGAGGGACACCGCCUGGACUCUACACAGAACCCCUCACCAACGAUGAGCGAUUCUCGGCCUUGAUGAUUAUUGGCGCUACCAACACCAUCAACAUGGUUCUUCUGGCUGGCGUGGUUCUGCUGCAGGCAGUAGCAAGCUACAUAGAGGCGGAGGAGAAGAAGGAGGCUCAGAAGCAGCGGGUUGAAGCAGCUGAGGCGCUGAGGCAGCAGAUCAAGGGCAAGGCCGCUGUGGACGCGCCUGAGACCAAGAAGGACAAGUGAGGGUGAUGCUGUGGGGCAGGAAGGCGGGGUCAAGGUGCAAGGCCUUGUUGGUGCUAGUGCGAUUCUAGGGUGCUAUGACUGCUGUGCUUCAUUCCAAUUGUCGGGUUCAUGUUUGGUACUUUGGCAUUGUGACAGUAAUCUAUGAUACAACAUGUUAAUUGGUAU